GCUUCCUACGUAUUCGCCAAGAAUAUAAAACCCCAAACAAAAAUGAACGUUUCCAUAUCUCCGCAGCCUUCUGCUUUCUAUGAAAUAGUCUGUAAUGACUCUUGUUCAUCAAGAAACUGGUCCAAUAAGCAACUCAAACCCGCAGCACUUAUCAUUUAUUAAGUUGAUUUUGUUUUCUCUCAAUUAGUUACUUUUCGAAUUCAAGAGAAGAAAGGAAGUUAUGGUCCUGCCUCUACUUAAAUUAGGAACGCUAGCCUUGAAAACGCUGAGCAAACCGUUGGCGGCUAAGCUCAAACAACAGACUGCUACUUACCCUAAAUUUCGUCAAUUCAUCAUCGGCAUCGCCCAGGCAAAUCAUCGAUUCACAACAAGAAUACAAAGAAGCACACAUGGUCUUGCAACUGGUGUUGAGAUACGUCCAUUGAAUGAGGAGAAAGCUGUUCAGGCUGCUGUAGACCUUAUUGGAGAACUCUUUAUUUUUUCAGUUGCUGGAGCUGCUGUGGUCUUUGAGGUGCAAAGAAGUGCUAGAUCAGAGGCAAGAAAGGAAGAAAUCCGCAAACAGCAGAUGGAGGCAUUGAGGCAAAGAGACGAAAAUUUAUCGAGGGAAGUGGAAUUUCUUAAGCAAAAGAUUGAAGAAUUGGAGCAGCUUGCCAAGGGACGAGGUCUCAGUGGUAUUUUCAGCAUCAAAUCUGCUGACACUGAGGUUGGAAAGUUGGAUAAACAAGCUAACACAGAGGUUAAACCAGCUUGAUUAAAUCUCAAGAAUUGACCAAUAAAUUCCAAUUUGGCAAAUAAAAUUUUAAUUUACUCAGAGGUUUCUCCUUAGCAAGGGAUUGCUUCCAUUCUUUUCACCAUUUGAGCAAUUUUGUGAUUGUUUCUCUGCCAUUCAUAUGUAAAUGAGGUAUGCUCAAAUAAAAUUUUAAUUUACUCAAAGGUUUCUCCUUAUCAAGGGGUGCUUGCAUUAUUUUCA